GUCAAAUUUAUUUUCUCUAAAUAUCAUAGGUUCAAUUCAUCGUCUAUUAUAGUCAGGAUCAACACUGAAUUACCACCAACCAGUCUAGUGAGCACGUGCUCGCAACUCUUCCAACAGCGCCACGAUUGUUUCACUGAGACGACGAAGGAAAAGGCGAGAGUGGUGAAAUAUCAACCCGGUCUAUUUUUCUCCGCUUUCAACCAGCUACCGAAGUACGGUGGAAAAUGCGAACGGAAAAUCCAUCAUUUCCACUUGGAAGCUUAUUAAGUGCGGUCGUGUCGAAUUAGUGUUUCGGGUUCGCCCUCCAAUUCUAAUGGUUUAAGUUGGAUGAUUCAAUUGGUUCGAUAUCAGUUUUGAGAAAACCGUUGCGGUGAUUGGACGUGAACAUGAGUUUGACAACAUCGACGGUGAAAUCGAUCGCAUCGACUCCGUUUUCGAUCAAUGACAUUUUGACGCGGCCACGUGGUGCAGAUAGUGAACGUCGCAGUUCGAUAGAAUCGUCCGGUAACGAGGAAGAACUUGGUGACUUGGGAAGGAUGAAGUACUAUAAAAGUGGAAGCACAAGUGGAACCAGUCCGCGGCAAAUUGACCAUGCCGAAUUUUAUGGCAAACUUAACAUGGCUGCUUAUUACCACAACAAUAAUAAUAGUAGUUUUAACCUGGCAAGCUUACAUCCGUCGCUGAGACGAGGCUCACUGGAUUGUUAUAUGGUUCCGGCGGAACGUAUCGAGCAUAAUUUGGCGACACGGUGUCAAAUUGAUUCCGGUGAAUGUGAAGGGGAACGGUAUGAGAAAAGACUUGGCGGAGCAAGUGGUAGUGAAUCUGAUUGCUAUCGGAUAAAAGCAGGAAGGAAUGAGAGCCCUUUGGAUAUGCGACGAUCGGCUGAAAAUGACUCAGAUUGCGAUACGCCUUCUCCAUAUGGCAACCUGUCAAUUCACAACGGCUCCCUUCCCGGUGACGACGCUCCCACGGCUGCUCGAAAAAAACGUUCCCGGGCAGCGUUCAGCCACUCGCAGGUCUUCGAGCUGGAACGUCGCUUCGCACAGCAGCGUUAUCUAUCCGGACCGGAACGAUCCGAGCUGGCAAAAAGUCUUCGACUUACCGAAACGCAGGUUAAAAUCUGGUUCCAAAAUCGUCGUUACAAAACCAAGCGGAAACAAAUCCAGCAACACGAGGCAGCAAUACUGAGUGCGACGAAACGAGUUCCGGUUCAAGUUCUUGUUCGCGAGGACGGCACUUAUGGCCCGGCAGCUAUGCUAGCAGGACAACCACAUUACGCCUCCGGAUUAGAUCCAGCGCUUUUGAACGUAUAUCGACACCAGAUACAAAUGGCCUACGGAAUGCCGGUUCCCCCAAUGCCGUUCUCCUACUUUUACCCAUCUAAGAUACCGGGAGCGAUCCCUGUGAUGGCCGCAGCAGCUGCUGUUGCCUCCAAGCAGCCUCUCAACUUUUCCACCCGAUCUCCUCCAUCCGACUCGGGAAUCGAAGGCCACGAGCGGCACUCUUCGCCGACGGGCUCCUCAUUGGCAGCGAGAGAUUCAGCGAAAAAUGACGACGACGUGUGCUUCGAUCGGGAGCGGAAAUCCGAUGAUCAUCCGAGGCGAGAAAGAUGUCGCAGUCGAGAUUGCGAAAUGCUCUCUGCAGAGGAGGGUGAUGAAAAUGAGAACGUAGAAAUAGAUUGAUGUGUGACGGGGGGAGGUUGGAAUUAUUCACAAUCUUAGUGAUUGAAAGUGUAAAUAGAAUCGAAAGAUUAUUCCUCACAUUUGGAAUGAAUGCAAUUUAGAUGAAAUAUUGUAAAUACUUUACACUAUUGGAAUACCAAAGAUUAAGCUUAGACUCGAUGUAUGAAAAAUUAAAUGCAAUA